AUGUCGAACCUCCCCAAGCAGAUGAAGGCUCUCCGAUACGAGAAGCCUGAGGAUUGGUCAAUUGUCCAGGUUCCUCUCCCAGAGCUCCGCGAGAAUGACGUCCUGGUCAAGGUUCGGGCUUGCGGUGUUUGUGGCACUGACUUGCACAUCCACGAGGGCGAGUUCAUUGCCAAGUUCCCCUUGAUCCCUGGCCACGAGACCGUCGGUGUUGUCGCCGCUGUUGGACCCAAAGUCAAGGACUUCAAGGUUGGCGACCGCGUCGCUGCCGACAACUCCGAACUCUGCAAUGAGUGCUUCUACUGCCGCCGCGGAGAGCUGCUGCUCUGCGAGAAGUUCGAGGCCCAUGGUGUCACCAUGAACGGUGGCUUCGCCGAAUACUGCGCGUACCCCGCCGGCAAGGUCUUCAAGAUUCACAACCUCAACGACGUCGAUGCCACCCUCCUCGAGCCCGCUUCCUGCGCCUGCCACGGCCUGGACAAGAUCCGCCCCCGCCUGGGAUCCAGCGUUCUGAUGUUCGGCGCCGGCCCCACCGGUCUUAUGCUUGCCCAGCUCAUGCGCCACAACGGUGGCUGCAACGUCACCAUCGCCGCUCCCCAGGGUCUCAAGAUGGACCUUGCCAAGAGCCUCGACGCCGCCGACCACUACAUUGAGCUCUCUCGCAAGGAGCCCGAGGCACAGUUCGCCCAGCUCAAGAAGGACCACCCGUACGGUUUUGACGUCGUUGUUGAGGCCACUGGUUCCGUCAAGAUUCUCGAGGACGCCAUCAACUACGUCCGUCGCGGCGGCAAGCUCGUCGUCUACGGUGUCUACUCCGACUCCGCCCGUGUCUCUUGGCCUCCUUCCAAGAUCUUCGGCGACGAGAUCACCAUUCUCGGAUCCUUCUCCGAAACCUACAUGUUCCCCGCCACCAUCGACUACCUCGACUCCGGCAAGGUCCGCACCAAGGGCAUCGUCAACAAGACCUUCAAGCUCGAGCAGUUCGGCGAGGCUCUCGAGUCUAUCCGCAACAAGAGCGCCAUCAAGGCUGCUAUCGUCUUCGACGAUGCCACCGGAGUGUAA